AUGCUGAGCCAGGGGCAACUGGCUCAGAGUGGAAUGGAUGUUUCACAAACCGAGUGGGAGGUCUUUAUGUGUUACAGAGCUCUGCGUGAGCUAAGCGGCCAGUUCUACCACAGGCUACCCACAACGGUCAAGAACGAGCUGAGAGACGCGGGCCUGUGCCAUUACAUGGCGAUAAUCCGAUCCCCAGAGGGCCAGCUUAUCCAGUUCGACUUCGGACCGCGCGGCAAGGACGUGGAAUGGCGGCCGGCCAGCAACAGCAGCAGCAACAGCAACAGCAGCAGUAGCAGCCUUCAGAUCGCCGGAAACAGCAACGUGGGAGGCCUUCGGCGAGAUCAGAUGCUGCAGUGCACGAUGAGCUGCAGCAAGCCAACCACCACCACCAUUUCCACUUCCUCCACUACCACCACCGCCGCCGACGCCACUGCCACUCCCACCAACUGCAGUCGCAAGGACGGAUGCAACAGUAACAGCACUUUAGAUCGGAGCGACGGUCGCAGCAGCUGCGGCUGCGUCGAUACCGGCUCUUUCCGCCAGCAGGCCCAGCGGAUGGGGUUGCAGGGCCUGGCGUGCAACGCGCUGCUGCAGCAUGGCGGCGGGCACGGCAGCGGCAUGGCGAGCCUCACACUCCACCAGAUGGACCUCGCGGACUGCGCCAUUCCACCGCCCAACGGCGAGAUCCGUGAAGAGCUGAUAAGCGCGUUACCCGAAACCGCGGUGCGCGUUGGCGUGACGCGCAUGUCUAUCGCGGACAUGCGCGCCUUCUACUCCUCGCUCGACUUCAACUACCUCCUUAACCGCAACGACUGCAGGCAUUUCGUUGACGCCUUCGUGCACUACACCACCGGCGUGGACCGCGCCUCCGCGCGCCUGAUCCGAGCCAACAUGAACCUGCGCAUGCGCGCGCGCCCCUGGCAGCCCGUCGACCCCGUUAUAAUCAUCUGCCAGCGCAUCCUGGAGAAGGAGAACACCUACCGCGUUUUCACCGCCUGCCACGCCGCCUUCACCUCUCUCUCCUCCGCUGUUCUCCUCCGCGUGGGGAUCCAAUCCGGCCGCCUGCACCAGCGCCUGGCGCGCGUCGUGCAGUCUUCCGCCAUGGUCGCUCUCCGCCGCGCGCUCCCCCACGCUUCCGCCAUAGGCGGCGGCGCAAUCUUCCGCGCGGCCGGCGGUCCCUUGGGGAUGCUUUCCGCCGCUAUGGCAGCCGGCGCUGUGGCGGCGGCGGCAGCAGUGGCGGCUACGGGGAUGCGCGUGCGCGGAAUGGCGACCCGGCAACUGAGGCAGCUCGUGGGGCUGCCUCACCGCCACCACUGGCAGAUACCAAAGCCCGCGCUCGCGCUGGCGCCUGCUCCAGCGCCGGCGCCGCUUCCCCAGGCGGCGGUCUCGUUGGCGGCAGUAGCGGCGGGGCCAGUGGGCGUGGGGCCCGUGCAGCAGCAGCUGGCGACAGUGGCGCCAGCGUCUGCCGCUGUCGCUGGUGCUGGUGCCGUGGCUGGUGGUGGUGCAUCGGGAACCGGUCUCGGAGUUGUCACGAUGAGAAUAGAAGUGCCUGUGGUGGGGCCUUGCAGUGUGCCGACUGGAAUAGCACUCUCUCCUGUCUCUCCCAGGUCUCCUAAGUCCCAGAAGGUACCCCCGCAGCAGCUUCCGCAGCAGCAGGAGCAGCAGGAGGCGCAGCAGGAGGUGCAGCCGUGCUCAGUGCAACCGCAGCAGCAGGCGCAGCCGCAGCAGUCGCAGCAGCAGCAGGUGAAUGCUGCGUCCUGGCCGUCGGGGUCGCGACGAUCUCGCAAGGCGAAGGCAGCAACGGAGCUGAAGGCGGAGAAUAAGACCAGGAAGGCUGCUCCGGCUGGCUCCAAGAAAACCAUCAAGUCAGAGACAAAGGCGUUGCGAUCUGCAGUUACUUCCAGCAGCAACAGCAGUGGCGUCAGCAAGGGAGGCAACGGCAAGGGUGGCAGCAAGGCGUCAGAGGCUAAGUGCGGCCUGCCAGGACUGCUGGCGCACUUCUCCCCGCUCUCCUCGCUCCUAGUCUGGCGGCCCUGCCUUGAGGAAGAGCUUUAUGAGGGGUUGAGGUUGAUAAGGCUUGCCAUUCCCCAGCCAUCAUUUCAGAAGCACUCCACCCCACUGUCCCUGUUAUGA